AUGAUGGCCCUAAACCCGUACUCAAAACCCUUUGCACUUAUUAACUUCCUCCUCUUCUUAUUAGGUAAUGUAGCAUCUGCCACAGUGUUUACCCUCCAAAACCGUUGCAGUUACACAGUUUGGCCGGGGACACUUUCCGGCAACGGCGCCACUCUCGGCGACGGCGGUUUCCCCCUUGCGCCAGGUAAGUCAGUUCAACUCACCGCCCCGUCCGGCUGGUCCGGCCGGAUCUGGGCCCGGACCGGCUGCAGCUUCGACGGAUCCGGUAUCGGAACAUGCGACACAGGAGACUGCGCCGGCGGAGUGAGAUGUAUCGGAGGAGGCGUUCCGCCGGCGACUCUGGCGGAGUUCACCGUCGGAUCCGCCAGUAACGGCGACAAGGACUUCUACGACGUGAGUCUCGUGGAUGGUUACAAUGUAGGCAUCGGCGUGCUGGCUACCGGAGGAACAGGUGACUGCCAGUACGCAGGGUGCGCGGCGGAUUUGAACGCCGUAUGUCCGGAGGAGCUGCAGGUGAGAAACGGCGACGGCGCGGUGGUGGCGUGCAGGAGCGCGUGCGCCGCGUUUAACACGGCGGAGUUUUGCUGCACCGGCGAGCACGGGACACCGCAAACGUGUUCGCCGACACGUUAUUCGGAGAUUUUCAAGAAUACGUGUCCAACAGCGUACAGUUACGCUUACGAUGACGCUUCCAGCACUUGCACCUGUUCUGGAUCUGAUUAUGUUAUCUCUUUUUGUCCUUGA